AUGUGUGUUUCCGAUGAUAAAAAAUUUGCAUUUAGUUACCACUAUACUCAACCUCCUCCUCGCAACUACCAAUCUAUAGGAAUAGUCAAUAUGAACAACACCAAAGAAACUAUUAAACUAGAUUUGGAUUACAAAUUUAAACAUUUGUAUUGCACCUUUGAUUUAAAAAAGGAAUUUAUUGUGAUUGGUUACGUUUUAAGUAGUAGAGAACGGCAUAAUAUUAUGGUUAGGAUUUACUCCACGCAAUCAAAUAAUAACGAAUGGACAUGUAAAAGAAUGUACGAGAUACCUGAAGAUUUUAUAUUUGUUGGUAUAUCAAAAUACAGUAAACUUUAUUUACGAUCUUCAAAUAAUUCCAUUCAUGAAUGGAAUCUUCUUACUGGAAGAAGUACAAGUAUGUUUAGUUACGAGGAAAUGAUUGAGUCACCAAAACAUUUCAAAGAUAUCAUCAUUUCCAGCAAUGAAAAAUUUGUUUGUCUAAAAAUCAAUGAUAAUAUUAUUAUUUAUUCAGUUGAAUUAGAAAUUCCUGUUAUUACUUUACAGGCAAAAGAGAUUGAAGAAGUUCAGGUAGAAACUAAAGAGGAUUUAGAACAACAUCAAACUCAAGAGGAGACCCAAGGGUAG